UUCUUUUUUCUUGUCCUUUCACUCUUGUUGCAUUCUUUUGUUUUCAAAUUGGUUCUUUCACUUUGCGUUUUCGCUCUUUGCAGAAACCUUUUUUUUCUAAUUUUGGAGCUAUUGUCACGUUUGCCAUACUGGGCACCUUUCUGGCUUCCAUUGUGACGGGUGUCUUAGUUUAUAUGGCUGGAUUGAUGCACCUUAUCUACAGAUUACCUUUUGUUGAGUGUCUAAUGUUUGGUGCACUGAUAUCCGCAACCGAUCCUGUUACUGUUUUGUCCAUAUUUCAGGAGCUUGGCACAGACGUCAAUCUUUAUGCCUUGGUUUUUGGAGAAUCUGUUUUGAAUGAUGCUAUGGCUAUUUCUUUGUACAGGACAAUGACAGUGAUUAAAAGUAAUCCAUCUGGACAAAAUUUCUUCAUGGUGGUUGUUAGAUUUUUAGAGACUUUUGUCGGGUCACUGUCUGCUGGUGUUGGAGUUGGUUUUGUAUCUGCAUUACUAUUCAAAUAUUCAGGGUUGGAUAUUGACAAUCUUCAGAACUUGGAGAGCUGUCUUUUUGUUCUUUUCCCGUAUUUCUCGUACAUGCUUGCUGAAGGUCUUGGACUGUCUGGUAUCGUAUCAAUAUUGUUCACAGGAAUGGUCAUGAAGCAUUACACAUAUUCGAAUUUGUCACGUAGUUCUCAAAGAUUCGUCUCUGCAUUUUUUGAGUUGAUAUCAUCAUUAGCUGAGACAUUUGUAUUUAUCUACAUGGGCUUUGAUAUUGCUAUGGAGAAACAUAGUUGGUCGCAUGUUGGAUUUAUAUUCUCUUCCAUUAUAUUCAUUGGAAUUGCAAGGGCAGCCAAUGUGUUCUCAUGUGCUUAUUUGGUCAACUUGGUUAGACCUGCCUAUCGACAGAUUCCGCGAAAACACCAGAAAGCACUUUGGUAUAGUGGACUUCGAGGGGCAAUGGCUUUUGCCCUUGCUCUGCAAUCAAUUCAUGAUCUGCCAAAUGGACAUGGACAGAUCAUCUUGACUGCAACUACUGCAAUAGUUGUUUUGACGGUAUUACUGAUUGGUGGUUCAACAGGCACCAUGCUGGAAGCUUUACAAGUUGUAGGUAGUGACAGUCCUAUCAUCCAGAGUCCUUUGGCUUCAGUUACCAGAUCGACUUUUGGGGGAACCAAUGGUUAUCUUUCUCCUGAAGAUGAAGAAUCAUCAUCAGGGAACAAAAUCAAGAUGAGGCUACAAGAAUUUCAAAGAAGUGCUGCAUCUUUUACAGCAUUAGAUAAAAACUACCUCACCCCAUUCUUCACUAGUCAAAAUGAAGAUGAAGCUAUGCCCCUGACUUCGGAGAACAUGGGAUUGGAUGAUGAUGACCGUGAAAACUACUCGUCAUGAUAUUUUUGGAGCAACGUACUCAAUAAUACUAUGAAGGUUCCUUUUUGUACACCCUUGAGUCACGUGCAAUUUAUUGAUAACUUGGAGGAAUUGCCAUAAUAGAAGGAUCAUUCCAAGUUUCCAACA